GCGCCCGGGACGCCAGUGUUGGGGGCGUCGGUAGCGCUGCUUCCCCGGUCUUCGUAACCCACGCUCCACAGUGAGAGUCGGGCUCACGCCAUCUUUCCCCCACCCCCGCGAACCCCGCUCCAGCCGAAACACUUUUUCUCUCUCUACACUCUCAGCCCACUCCCACCCCGCCCCUAUCCAAGCGUGUCCCGGGCCGCAGCAGCAGAAACCGCACCAUCUCUACCCCCACAUUCUCCACGCGGGACGCGCAGCAGUGCCUACACGUGUUCUUAAAGCAGAGAUGAAUAAUACUGCAGCCAGCCCAAUGUCUGCUGCCACUUCGAGUAGUGGAAGAAAUAUAGGGAAGUCUUCAAGCUUUGCCUCAGAAUUGCAGAGUAUGAUGUUUUCUCUAGGUGACGCUAGGAGGCCUCUUCAUGAAACAGCAGUUUUGGUAGAAGAUGUGGUGCACACCCAGUUAAUUAAUCUGUUACAGCAAGCUGCUGAAGUUUCUCAGCUUCGGGGAGCAAGAGUAAUAUCUGCUGAAGACCUUCUGUUUUUGAUGCGCAAAGAUAAGAAAAAACUUAGAAGACUGCUCAAAUACAUGUUUUUCCGAGACUACAAAUCAAAGAUUGUCAAAGGGAUAGAUGAGGAUGACCUUCUUGAAGACAAGUUGAGUGGCAGUAAUAAUGCAAACAAAAGACAAAAAAUUGCUCAAGACUUUCUCAACUCUAUUGACCAGACGGGAGAACUCUUAGCAAUGUUCGAAGAUGAUGAAAUUGAUGAAGUUAAACAAGAAAGAAUGGAGAGAGCAGAAAGACAAACUCGAAUUAUGGAUUCAGCUCAAUAUGCAGAAUUCUGUGAAAGUCGACAACUAAGUUUCUCCAAAAAAGCCUCCAAAUUCCGAGACUGGUUGGACUGCAGCAGUAUGGAGAUAAAACCCAAUGUGGUUGCUAUGGAAAUGUUAGCAUAUUUAGCGUAUGAAACUGUGGCACAGUUGGUGGAUCUGGCUCUUCUUGUGAGGCAGGACAUGGCAACCAAGGCAGGAGACCCUUUCGGCCAUGCCAUUUCGGCUGCCUUCAUCCAGUACCACAGCCCUGCAGAGGGAUCUUGCAUAAAGCCUUACCUGGACUCUCCUGAGAAUACGCCCCCUCCCACACCAACGGCUCCAUCAUCUGGACCGCAGCACUCAGGGAAGACCACAUCAGUAUCCCUCGGGAAUGGGAGCGCUGGGCAAGACUCAGCGAAAACCAAGCAAAGGAAAAGAAAAAAGAGCACUGCGGCCUGUGGUGUGGAGGCUCACAGCGAUGCCAUCCAGCCCUGCCACAUCAGAGAGGCCAUCCGACGCUACGGCCACAGGAUCGGCCCCCUUUCCCCAUUCACAAGUGCCUACCGCCGGACUGGAAUGGCUUUUCUGGCCUGCUGAUGGGACCGUGACUGCGGCAACGGAAAGGCGGGGUUGGAGUAGGUGAUUGCUGCGCCCCUCUUUGGACAAAGUAAAACACAAGCUUGCUUACCUUCCCUGUGUCCUCAGGAGCCGGUUGGUUUGUUGUGACUCUCAACAGGCCGGCUCCAGCUCCUCUCCAGCCCCCUCAACACUUAGUCCUGUUUACUGGAUGGGCCGCUUAGCUAAUUAAUGGCAGGAUGUUUGGGAUAGUGUGUAGGUGGACAAGAAUGCAGAUCACACAGUUUUGAAAUUUUAAUUUGGAAUGAUUUACUGCCCUCAGCUCACAUAUCUUAAAAGCAGUGUCUUUUUUUUCAGUGUUUAGUCUAUGUUUUACAUGAUGCGUUUUGUAAUCCAAGUUUGGGACAAAGGAAACAAAAUUAAAAGGACAGUCAGCUUUCUCCUCACACUGUCCCACUAACUUUACUUGUCAACAUUUGUUGACCACAUCUACAUGUAUUUAGAAACGAACACCUACUUUAUAAACUCACACUGAUCAAAAACUAGCCGACCUGAUGAACUGUCCCCAUCUUCUUUUCCCCGCACCCACAUACAGGAUGUGUGUCCUUUCCACGCCUCCCGCCCAGCUUCCUGCACGCCCGCCUGCUGCGCGUGCCCUUCCUCCUCCAGACCCUCUUCCCCUCUUCACUCCUCUCCUCUCCCUGCCCUCCAGGCCACAGGCUGAGCCCUCACACACUGCGCCCGUUUAGAAGCACAGUGCUCAGAGCCCAUAAGAGGGGAGCGGAGGAGCGCUUCCUCUCGGCCUCCCUUCCUCCCUCCAGUGGCUGCCUCCUGCGCUGGGACUGCAGCUGGGGGGGGGGGGGUUCUGGCUGGUAGCCCCCAGCUGCCCUUCUGGCAUCUACACUUUCUCCAGUGAGUGAGGAACUGUAACCCUUGGGAACAAAUCAAAAUAUAGCAGAUGUAAUUGUGCAGUUCCUGAUUAAACUUGAAUUGCAAAAAAGAAAAAAAAAAGGAAGUUAUUCUUUUAAUUUUGUAGGCGUUUGGUGUAAUUUUACUUUUAUCAUGGUUUUUACUCACACCAAAACAGCCUUUGUAAAGAAUUAAUAGAAACAGAAAUGAGAAGCAUGCGGGAUUUUCGUCUGCUGCCCAAAUCAUUGUGAAGCUUAGUCGCUGUGAUUGUGCCCUGUCACUCACAUUUGUUAACCAUCAUUUACCUGUUCUGUUACUGCUUCUGGAAAAAAUCUUUAUGUCAAGCACAAAAAAUGCAGAUAUAUAAUAUCAAAAAAUUGCCAAAGGGUUUUGAUGUUCCAUCUGUGCUUGUUGAAAUGUAUGAUUAAACUUUUCUUUUUAUCAUCA